UCUUCUUUCUUCUUUUCUCCUUUACACUUCUUUUCAAAUUUCGUUGCCCCCCCCCCUUUUCAAUGACUCUAGCUACUGAAGACGAAACGACUUUACAGCAAAUGCUAGAUAAAGUAGAAUCCUUGAAAGCUGAUCAAGUAAAACUAGCCGAGCAGCUUGAUAAAUUAUCGCUCAAUUCUCCUGUAAUGAACCACCCUGGUGCCAUGUCCCCGUCCACAUCCAUCACUGCCAUUACAAAGGACGAAGCUGUGGUGGGUAAAGCAGCUAGUGCUGCUGCCGAUGCUUCCACAAACGCAUCCCUAUUCUCGCCAACAUCUACUUCUCAUCUUUAUCCUGAUCGUGUUAUAUUGACGACUUACCCUGGUCAGCAUGGUAUCAAGCCUAUGACUUUAAAUUGGGGUGCAGAGGAUCCUAAGGUAAGAGGGCCUAUUGUUGCUUCUCGUCAUUCAGGCAGUAUUAAGAAAAGAAAUGCUAUUGGUGCCUAUGGUGGCUCUUACUGUAUCUAUCGUGCAUUAGCCAUUGCUAUCGGCGACUUACCUUCUGAUCACCGUCCCAACUUUGACAUGACCGAGCCUACCUUCAAAGUAGGACCUCAUCCUUCUUGGUAUGAUCCUGAAAAGAUAGUUUCUAUUGAUCCCUUUGGUCAUAUUGCUCCUCAAAUCUUUAGAGAAGAAUAUGAGAAUGGCUUAGAUGUGAGACCUACUAUUGCUAUUACAAGAGCUCAUAUGACCAUGGCAGAAAUGGAAAUGAGUGUCAAGGACGGUAGCUUGGAAGUGGAUGGUAAAAUUGUUGUCAACUCGCGAGGUGAUUUGGCUGUAUCCAAGGCUGCUGUGGAGCCUGUUUGGUACUUGCCAGGCGUAGCCAAACGAUUUGGAAUUGAAGAAUCACUCCUUCGCCGUGCACUUUUCGAAGAUACAGGCGGAAUGUAUCCAGAGUUGAUUACUCGACCUGAUUUAAAGGUGUUUUUACCUCCUAUCGGUGGCAUCAGUAUCUAUAUUUUUGGUAAUCCUGAAUAUAUUUCAGACACAUCUAAAAAAUUGACACUUCGAGUGCAUGACGAAUGUAACGGGUCAGAUGUAUUUGGCAGUGAUAUCUGUACCUGUCGUCCGUAUCUUAUUUAUGGUAUUGAAGAAUGCGCCAAACAAGCACAACAAGGCGGUGUCGGUGUGAUUGUUUACUUUAGAAAAGAGGGUAGAGCUCUAGGUGAGGUCACCAAGUAUUUAGUUUAUAAUGCACGCAAAAGACAAGCAGGUGGUGAUACUGCAAGCAACUACUUUUUACGUACUGAAUGCAUUGCUGGUGUGAAGGACAUGAGAUUCCAAGCAUUAAUGCCAGAUGUGCUACAUUGGUUGGGUAUUCAAAAGAUAGACCGUAUGAUGUCCAUGUCAAAUAUGAAACAUGACGCUAUUGUUGGUUCCGGUAUUCCGAUUAUCGAACGUGUGCCCAUUCCUGAAGAUUUAAUCCCCGCUGACUCUAGAGUCGAAAUCGACGCAAAGAUUGCUUCUGGCUACUUUACUACGGGUCAAGUGCUUGAUGAGGAAGGCCUUUCGAACGUCAAAGGCCGUGAUUGGGAAGAUAUCGAACACUGAAAAAGAGGGAAAAAUGGGGCUACUUUGGUUAUUGUAAUAAAACCAUUGGAUCACGCCUCCACUGGCUGAUUCCGUUUUCUAUCUUUCUGUUUUUGACACGACACAACUCAUAAAUUGUACACCAAACAAUGCCGAUUCGUUCCUUAACGGCGGAGUAUUAUUGCAUAAUUUUGUCAUAAUAUUCAUGCGGAUUUUUUUUCCCUCGAUUCACUAAAACAAAGGGCUAUAUAAAUGGAAAUAAAGAGUUUCCUAUUUCAUAUUUUUUUUUUUUUUGUUACUUU